CAAUAACGACUCUUAUUUCACGAGCACUUAUUUUGACAGGCCCCGCCGGAAGUCUACUAGUAUUCGUUGGAUGCGACACAGAACUAUAACUGAUGGAUGAAAUUAUUUAGUUUAAUUUAGCUAGUUAGGAUUUUAUCACUCUACCCGUGGGUCGUGUUGAAGCAGUGAUUCAGCAGUUACCGGUGUUGGAAUAAACAUUCUCAACAGUCUGACCCUGAAGAGGAACAACACAUUCAGCCAGUCGAGGGGCUGCAUAUAAAGAAUGGAGACCUGGGUCACAUGAUGGGGGAGCUGGUGACUCUGAAUGUGGGCGGCUGUGUGUACAGCACGUCUCUGUCCACGCUGCUGCGUUACCCUGACUCCAUGCUGGGUGCCAUGAUCGGAGGAGACCUCCCCACGGCCAGGGACGCUCACGGAAACUACUUCAUCGACCGCGACGGCCCGCUGUUCCGCUACAUCCUCAACUUCCUGCGGACGGCUGAGCUGACGCUGCCGUGCGACUUCAAGGAGGCCGAGCUGCUCAGGAAGGAGGCCGACUUUUAUCAGAUUGAGCCCCUGAUUCAGUGUCUGGGAGACCCCAAACCCCUGCUGCCCUACCCCACUGAUAGCUACGAGGAGGUGGUGGAGCUGUCCAGCACCAGGAAGCUGUCCAAGUACUCCAACCCCGUCGCAGUCAUCAUCACCCAGCUCACUAUCACCACUAAGGUCCCUGCAGUGUUGGAGUCCAUUUCCAGCAGUUUCACAAAGUGGAAUAAACACAUGAUGGACACCAGAGACUUCCAGGUGUCCUUCACCUUCGGACCAUGUGACCACCAACAGGAAGUCAGCCUGCGCGUCCAUCUGCUGGACUUCAUCUCCAAAGCUGGGUUCACGAUACGCAACACACGUGUCCACCACAUGAGCGAGCGGGCCAAUGAGAACACGGUGGAACAUCAGUGGACGUUCUGCCGACGGACACACAAAGCCAAGGAGUGACAGACGAAGACACGGAGGCUUGUUCCUCGUGGAAGUUUUAUUUUUUAAUCAAAAGGAGGUCCUUUUUUGGGGGAUCGGGAGGUUUUUAUCCUCAGAAAAACUUGAGCUUUUUGGAUUAGUAAGCCAAUAAGCCACAUCAACUAUCAAAUAUAGCAGCAAUUUUCUGUUAAAAGAUGUAUCCAGAAUUACAUGAAUGUCUACAACAGCUACACGUCGAGUGGCGGUGGCAAGCUUCUUAAUGAUUGAGAGCAACGCAGAUAUAUUUAUACAUUGACAGGGUUAACACCUUGUUUUUGUUAUGCUAAAUGCUGGAGACAGGCAAAGAGGUCCUAGACCUGAGGGAAAAGUCAAGGCACUAACAAUAGACGUCGGAUUAGAUUUAGGACUCGGCCGGAGGAAUUCACACCUUCUGUCAUACAAAGACAAAUGGGAUCAAAGAGAAGAGGUGCUCUGAGAUUCUUUUGCUCCGAUACUUCCCACACAGCUGGUUUUGUGGAACUUUCUCAGAAUUAAAGUCAUGAUUAGCUUUAGACAUUAAUCUAAUAAAACAUCAUGGAAUCAUUAUAUUUUACCAUUACAGUAUAGUACGUACGCAUGUACUUACAGUCAGUUGUAUGGUAGCUACAUACUGUUUAUCUGCCAUAUCAGCUGUAUCACAAAUCUUUUUAAAAAUAUUAUUUUCAAAUUAAACAAUCUGGAACGUUA